AAACAGGGUGAGAGAGAAAGAGAAGAUGCGUCAGUGACUAGGUGUAUUUUCUUUUCUGCAACUUGCUCUCUUGUUCCAUUAAAAAAUCCACUCAAUCAAAGCCACCUCAGCAACAUACUAAUCACCAUUUCCAAUAUAUCCAAAUAAAUCUAUACAUUACAGAAACCCAUUUUCUCUGAUUCCAUUUUAUUCUUCUUUUCUUUUUUAAAGAAUUUGGUCAAUCAAUUCAUACACAAAAACCUAGCUUCUUCUGGUUGGUGACUUCUUCUUUUUUUCAUCUUUAAAAUCUCUCAAUCAGGAUUCUGCUUCAUUUCUUUGUUUUUAGUUGGAAAGAUAUAGGGGACAAAUGGGUGAAGCUCUAGAUGCAGCAACUAGGUACUGGUGUCACAUGUGUUCCCAAGUUAUUAAUCCAGUGAUGGAAGUGGAGAUUAAGUGUCCAUCUUGUUUAAGUGGGUUUGUUGAAGAAAUGGGUGGCACAAGUGAUGAAGAGACGACGGAUUUAGGAGCCGACCGAUCGCUUUCUCUUUGGGCUAGAAUCUUGCUUGGCAUGUUAGGUAACAGUUCUAGGCGUGGAAGAGUAAGAAGAGGGGAACAAGUUGAAGAAGCAGGAGGAGAAGAGGAAGACCACGAUGAAGAGGAGGAGGAGGAAGAAGAAGAAGAAGAAGAAGAAGUAGAAGCAUGGCGAGAAGAAACACAACUAGAGAGAGAACUAGGCAUUCAACGAAGGAGAAGAAGAAGCUCUGCUGCAAUCCUUCAAUUGCUUCAAGGCCUACCAGUACCAGCAGGGAGAACAUCUGAAACAGGGAAUUCUGAAACUGAAAGGGAACGAGUACGCGAAACUGUGUUUCUAAUCAACCCAUUCGACCAAAGUCUGAUUCUUCAAGACGGGUCGUCCUUGGAUAUGAGUCACAAUGAAAACACUCCUCAUGUCUCUUUGGGGAAUUACUUGAUUGGACCUGGUUUAGAGCUGCUACUUCAGCACUUGGUGGAGAAUGAUCCAAACAGAUAUGGAACACCACCAACGCAGAAAGAUGCAAUUGAAGCAAUGCCAAAUGUUACAAUCACGGAGAAUUUACAAUGUUCGGUGUGUUUGGAUGAUUUUGAGAUUGGUGUAGAAGCAAGGCAGAUGCCCUGCAAGCAUAGAUUUCAUAGUGGGUGUAUACUUCCAUGGCUGGAGCUUCAUAGUUCUUGUCCAGUUUGUAGGUAUCAAAUGCCUAGCACAGAUGGAUCAAAGGCUGAUGAACAAGGGUCUGGGAAUAGCAGUCGUGCAAUGUAGCCUGUAUAUAAGAGGAACUUGAGAAGGCAUUGAGUUUUCAAAUAAACGCCCAUGUUUUUUAGUCAGGAGCUCAGAGUGGUUGUAGGAAUUUCUUAUUCUGGUAUCACCUUCUACCUUUGUUUUUUUGUUUCCUUUUGUGUUUUGUACAUAGUCUUUAGUUUUCUUUCUUUCCUGUCUUUUGUUUAUAUGACGUUGGGAUUUUGUAAAAACUGUUUUUCCUUUUUGCCAACUCUUUGUAGAUUUUAGUCUUUGCUUGAAGAAUUAGUGAAAUACUUUUGUUGUAUUCUAGUUUUGCUUUAAAGCAAAUCAAAUAACGUGGUUUCAUACUUUUUUGUACA